UACGCAUCUUUUCACAACCAGAAUCAUCGCAAGUGGUGCAAGAUGUUUGAGCCUAUGGAACAACUGCCUCUUACACUCCGAUUUGAUCGCGAGAACUUCAAAAAGCCGUGGUACAGCAGCCCCAGCUACAGAGUAUGCUUUAGCUUCGGCAUUACCCGUCAACAGCUGGUCGACUACGCUCACCGAGUGAAGCUUCUAAAGCUGGACUCGCCCGACUGGAAGAAAUCGGCUGCAGCCUACAACGUGGCGUUGUACCUGAGCGUGAUCGCCGAAGCCGAGCUGGACUCGCGCCUAAUCUGGCACACGAGGAACAGAUACUGUGUGAGCUUGUAUAACAACUACACACAGUACUCUAAGCAGCUGGUGGAGGAGGACGAGAAGGAUGUCCUGGAUAUCAUACGGGAGGAACUGAAUAUUCCGGAUGUGGCGCCAAUGUGGUAUUUCCAAGUGGAUGAAGAUGACUGAUAGGUGGGCGAGAGCUCUGUGCGAUUAUGUAUGUCGUCACUCUUCGUCACUUUAUCUUCUUCGCUUCUUCGCCCACUGCUAUCUGAGCCCUGUGAAAGUCAACAGCCUGGAGUCCACCAGAAGACCCUGCGCCGAGAACCCUCAGAGGAUCAAGCGGGCAAUAAGAGGGCGUACCCAGACGAGGAACCCCACCACUGCUUUCCCAGCUAGAUGCUCCCAGCGAACUGCAGCUCUCGCAGGAUGAGCGCAACGAACAGCUUGACGACGCGUAGCGCCUGUCGGUCGUUCUGCCUCGCGCCCAUGUCGCCGCAAUGCGCUGGAUUUGGACUCGGGUCCACUCCCUCCCCUGGGCCUAUGUUAUACGUGAUGACUAGCAUUGUCCACGAUGUGUCUGCGGGGCCGCACCGCGCAUUAUGGCUGUCAGUUCGUCGAAGUUCCUGUCUUCUCAUUUUCUCUCUUCACCCAUCCUCGUUCAGAACUGUCUGGCCUGCAAAGGCAAUCAGUCGU